AUGAUGAACAGCCAGGAAGAGACGACCGAGGAGGAAGGCAAAACUCUGUGUAGCUCAAAUGAAGAGAAAUGUGCAAAAAGCACAAAGAAAAGAAAGUUGGAAGAAAUAGGACCAUGUGAAAUCACCAGAGAGGAAGAACCAACAGGGGGAGGUGAAGACCAAGUAUGUGUUGAAAAAGGAGCGUAUAAUGAGUCAAAUUAUAAUUUGAAAAAAAACAAGAAAAGAAAAAUUUUUAAUCUUUUUAACAAUAUCUUAAGCUGGGUUGUGAGUAAAAAUAUGAAAAUUCCAUCGAAAGAAAUUGAAACGAAAGAACAAGUACAUUUCUUUAAUUUUAACAAUAUUUUGUCUAAGCAUUUCGGUUCAAAGGUUCUGUUCGUAACGGAUGAGUCCAUAAGCAAGUCGGAAAACAUAAUGAUUGAGGACAAGGUUGGAUGGGUGACUAGAAGAAGGAGGGAUGUAGGACACGAGUGGCUUAUAUUGAAGUUAAAGUAUCCAAGUGUUAUAUACGGAAUAGAAAUAAAUUUCGAAAAUAUGGAGGAAGAUAUAUGCCCGCAUUUGUCAAUAGAGGUGGUCGAAAAUUCUUGUAUUGACGAAAUUGUAAAAGAGGAAGAAUAUAUAAUGAACGAAACGGAACAUAAAGAAGAAGCACCAGAACAAAGGGAAUAUAAAGUUGCAAAAAGAAAAAGCUACAAUUUUUUAGAAUCCUACAGAAUUGAUAAAUCCAUAUCAGACAUUUUGGAAAAUCAAAAUACUCCCUGGGUUGAAUUACUACAAGCAGAUUGUGUAGAUUUCCUCAAAACGUUUCAAAAAAAAAAAAUAUAUUAUUUUAAAGUGAAUGAUAUAUCCUUGAUAAAACCAUGGACACACAUACGCAUUAAUUUAUAUCCAGAUGGUGGUAUAAAUAAAAUAAAAUUUUAUGGUGAAUUUGUCACCCUAUUUAAGAAACAUACCAUUUUAUCCAAGCAAAAAAUUUUCCUAAAUAAACCAGAAAAUGGAUGUACUUUAAUAUACUACCAUUGUGAUGAUAUACAGAAAGGGCAUCCAAAAAAUAUGAUCGAUUCAUAUAAAACCGACGGUUUUUCAACAAAGAGGUUGUUCAAUAGACCACCAAUUAUUCUACGCACACUUACCUACAACUCAAUUAAAAAUGUUUCCAUUUUUAAGUUCGGUGUUCGAGGCGUCAUCGAAAAUUUCACCUUCGACAUUGGAAAUUACAAAUAUGAUCAUCCAGAAUAUAUUCAAAUCUAUCUACUGGACUGUGUGGAUUUGCUCACUUUGGACUUACUGGAACAGAAACGUAUUUUUGAGGAAGACGAAAAAAUGGAAAAGAAAAAAAUAGACUGGCUGCAACUGCCUCCAUGUAAAUUGGCCAAUGAUCACAAGAAAACUUUUUACAAUUUUAAUCUGCUCGAAUAUAACUUCACCGUUCAGGAGAGGACAGCCACUCAUUUUAAAAUAUCGCUCCAUCCCGAUGGCGGCAUAUCCCAAGUCAAUGUCAUCGGUACCGUUUUGUCUACUCCAUCCUGA